AUGGCAAUGAACUUCCAAAGAAGGCUUUUCAGUCACCUAAGGAGAACACAUUUGGUGACAAAGAGAGUUAUGGAACCGUGUGAUGCGUUCCUCAACCACAGGUGCAUGGACACAAAGAAAACAGUGGCUACACUGCUUUAUGAUCAUCUUAAGCGACACGGAUUCAACCCUUUCUUGGACAACAAGAACAUGAAGCCAGGGGACAAACUGUUCGAAAAAAUCGAUAGGGCAGUUAUGGAAUGCAAAAUUGGUGUAGCAGUUUUCUCCCCUCACUACACAGAAUCAUACUUUUGCCUGCAUGAGUUGGCACUUCUCAUGGGUUGCAAUAAGAAGGUUAUACCUAUCUUUUGUGAUGUUAAGCCUUCUCAGUUGCGCGUUGUUAACAAUCCAAAAUGGUCUGAAAAUGAUCUUCGCCGGUUUAGAUGGGCUCUUGAGGAGGCUAAGUACACUGUCGGACUCACGUUCAAUUCCUCUAAAGGAAACUUCUCCGAAAUUGUGAAUAGUGCUUCUGACAUAAUCAUUGGCAGCAUGAUAGAGCUUGAGAAUGAAGCACAGAUGCAGCAUAAAAACUUACCAAUUCAUCUUUAG